GUGAGGACGCUUGGGAGAAAGUUCACCGAGCGGCGAUAGACUAGUCAGGCCUGAGAAAGAUGGCGUCCUCGGAGCAGGCAGAGCAACCGAGCCAGCCAAGCUCUUCUCCAGGAAGUGAAAAUGUGGUGCCUCGAGAGCCACUGAUUGCCACAGCAGUGAAGUUCCUACAAAAUUCUCGGGUCCGCCAGAGCCCACUUUCGACCAGGAGAGCAUUUCUUAAGAAGAAAGGGCUGACAGAUGAAGAGAUUGAUCUGGCUUUCCAGCAGUCAGGCACUGCUGCUGAUGAACCUUCAUCCUUGGGCCCAGCCACCCAGGUUGUUCCUGUCCAGCCCCCUCACCUCAAUCCACAGCCAUACAGCCCUGGAGGGCCCCGAUGGAGAGAUUACGGCGCCUUGGCCGUCAUCAUGGCAGGAGUUGCAUUUGGCUUUCACCAGCUCUACAAGAAGCACCUCCUGCCCCUCAUCCUUGGAGGCCGUGAGGACAGGAAGCAGCUGGAGAGGAUGGCGACGAGCCUCUCCGAACUGAGUGGCAGCGUGGCCCAGACAGUGACUCAGGUACAGACGACGCUGGCCUCUGUCCAAGAGCUGCUGAGACAACAGCAACAGAAGGUCCAGGAGCUGGCCCAUGAGCUGGCUGCCACCAAGGCCACUACCUCUACCAACUGGAUCCUGGAGUCCCAGAAUAUCAAUGAGCUCAAGGCGGAAAUCAACUCCUUGAAAGGGCUUCUUUUGAAUCGGAGGCAGUUCCCGCCCUCCCCAUCAGCCUCGAAGAUCCCUUCCUGGCAGAUCCCUGUCAAGUCACCUUCCCCCUCCAGCCCUGCUGCCGUGAACCACCACAGCAGCAGUGACAUCUCUCCAGUCAGCAAUGAGUCCACGUCUUCAUCUCCUGGGAAGGAGAGCCACAGCCCAGAGGGUUCCACAGCCACAUACCACCUGCUGGGCCCCCAGGAGGAAGGCGAGGGGGUGGUAGACGUCAAGGGCCAGGUGAGAAUGGAGGUGCAGGGUGAGGAGGAGAAGAGGGUGGAAAAGGAGGAUGAAGAGGAUGAGGAGGACGAUGAUGUGAGCCAUGUGGAUGAGGAGGACGUCCUGGGGGUGCAGAGGGAGGACCGCCGCGGAGGGGAUGGGCAGAUCAACGAGCAGGUGGAGAAGCUGAGGCGGCCAGAGGGUGCCAGCAAUGAGAAUGAACGGGACUAGGGUUGGCCCCUGCCCACCCACUUCUCCAGUACCCCAGGAACGUCCAGCAGGUGGCCAUGGGCUCUGGUCCUGUCUUCUCCUCUGGCUUGGGGAGGGUAGGCUUGAACCCAGGGAGGGGUGGGGCUCUCCCCAACUAUAGCAGUGUGUGUGGGGGUCAAAUUUCUGUCCACCAGCCUCAGUGCCCAACCCCAACCCCAGCCAUACCAUCUCCUCAGCUCAGUCCCAGCCUAGAUGGCUCCGCUGUUCACAAGCCUGGCUGAGGAUGCAAGAGCCCCUGCAUUCAGGUCCCUGCCCAGCUCUAUCCUGGACAGAGAUCUUACCCAGGUGUGUUCACUGAGUGUCUUGACUAACGUGACACCAUGCAUGGCCAGAGCUCAUGUUGUCUCCUUCCUCCUGCUGCCUCAGUGGAAGAGGAGCUACAGUCCCCUUGGUCCCUGCUGUCCUCCCACUCUUCCCUGGGCCUGGCCUGUGGCUCCUUCUUUCCUCUCUUUCAAAAGCCAGAGCCCUGGCCCAGCUCUUCAUUCUGCCAGGACCCACCCUCCUCAAAGCUAGGGCCUGCUUCCCCUGGGCCCUGUCCCCAGCCCAGUCCACCCACCCUGCCAUCUUCUAAACAAAAGAAACAUCACCACAUUGACGCUCUCGCUUGCCGUGCCAUGGAUUGGUGAGCCCUGUGGGGAGGCAUGCUUCUCCCUCCCACGGCAGAACUGGGCAGUGGGGCAUUCCUGACCAACAGCCAUGUCUGUCCUUCCCACCAAGAAACAUGUUCAUUUAUGUGAUCAUGUAUAGAUUUCAGAAUAUGACUGUACAUAAUUGUAAUAAAUAUGAGUUACCACUAUUUAA